AUGGCUCUAUCCUCUAGGCCGCAGGCCUACACCUGCGCCCGCUGCUUGGUGCUCGCGAGCGCCAGGCGCACCUUCUCCGUUUCCUCCGUCGCUCGAACCACACCGAGACAAACACAAGACUUCAACUCCGGCUUCACAAGCAGCUACGACCCGACUUCCGAUAACGGCCGAGGUCCCAUGUUUAACAAGAAUAGCUUUGGGGUUCCUCAGUUCUAUCCCCGAGACCUGAAGAAGCGGGUCGACGAUUACGUCGUUGGGCAAGACCGAGCGAAGAAGACGAUAUGCUCCACAAUAUUCAAUCAUUAUCAGGGUCUACGGAGGAGGAGACAUCAGGAACACGAAGAGAAGGUUCAGAGGGAAAAGGCAGAGAGGCAGCGGUAUGCCCGGGACAGGGACAUUCUCGAGAAGCGUGAUAUCCAUCCUGUUCAAGGUCAGCGAGAUCGUUACUCUGCCUUCCAGCGCUUCCCAGCUGAUGAUGAGUGGCCGCAAGACGAGUUCCCUGGUCACGCUGAAUCUGUACAGCACCUGGGCGAGGGCUAUGGUUCUUCCACCGGGUUCGACGGGUCCUACCUGUCCGAAGAACCCGUGACUCCUCCACAGGUCAAGAUUGACAAGAGUAACUUGCUUCUUAUCGGCCCUACCGGUGUUGGGAAGACGUAUAUCCUAGAGACCUUGAGCAAGAAGCUUAACGUGCCGUUCACGAUAUCCGAUUGCAACUCAUUCACGCAAGCCGGGUACAUCGGGCAGGAUGUAGAGACAUGCGUAGAGAGGCUGCUGAUCGAAUCGAACUACGACAUCAAAGCAACCGAACAUGGUAUCAUCGUUCUGGAUGAGUUUGAUAAGCUGGCCAAGAGGGAGAGUAUGAACGGCCGGGAUGUUGGCGGAGAAGGUGUCCAGCAAGCUCUACUCAAGCUCGUGGAGGGCUCCAAAGUGACCAUCAACGUCAAGGACAACCGCUCUUCGCGAUCAACACCGCCUAUCACUACCAACUACACAUCUUCAAGCUCAACAUCGGCCACGCAGUCCACUCCGCCACAGGGGAAGGUCGACCAAUACACCAUCGAUACUACAAAUAUUCUAUUCGUCUUCUGCGGCGCUUUUGUCGGUCUUGACAAAGUCGUCGUGCGGAGAGUGUCAAAACCCUCAAUGGGCUUUGGCUCCGAGUUGCGAGGCAAGCAGGGCCUUUCUGGUAAUCAACACGAUUUGCCGAGCCAGCUGUUUUCGCACCUGCCACAUGUUAACCCAGAUGCGCCUGCAUCAACGUAUACCCCCCUCGAUCUGACAACACCGGUCGACCUCCAGGCUUUUGGAUUCAUUCCUGAGCUGAUUGGCCGAGUGCACAACAUCUGCGCUUUAAGCCCGUUGUCUUUGAGUGAUCUAUACAGGAUCCUGACAGAACCACGAAACUCGCUCGUUGCGCAGUACACUGCGCUGUUCGAAACCUACCCUUCCCGCCUGCACUUUACUAGGAAGGCAUUAUACGCCAUUGCCGAACGAGCUGCCAAGGCAGAGACUGGAGCUCGCGGCCUGAAAAUGGAAAUGGAACGUGUCCUCGCGGAGCCAAUUUUUGACGCCCCGAUGCCGUAUGUCUUGAUCACCGAGGGCUGUGUGAAAGGCACUGAGAAGGCCGGCUACUGGGGCAAGGACGGCCGCAUGGAACUGGAGCGAAGGAUGGCGGACGAGGACGUUAAGCACAGCUCGCGCAUCCCCGACAUUACCUUUGAGCAAUACCGAGAAGCCGGCCAGAGCGGUGCUUGA